UCAGGCUCACCAAUAAAUAAAUUUUUGUUACCAAGUCCUAUUCCUCAUCGUAGAAACAGAACUUACUCAGCAUCUGAAGCUGCCCUGGCAGGGCCCACUAAGCAAGGUUUAGUUAAGAAUUUUUGUAGAACCAAAGGUCAUGGAUUUAUCACUCCAUUAAAACCUGAUGAGGCAUGUAAACAAGAUGAGUUAUUCUUCCAUAUAUCUGACAUCGAUGGAGAAUAUGUCCCUAAACCUGGUGAUCAUGUGUCUUAUAAACUCUGUUUGAUUCCACCAAAGAAAGAAAAAUAUCAAGCUGUACAUGUACAGAUAACUGAAUUAAUGCCUGGUAUUUCACAUGAAAAAUGGAGUUCACCAGUUUCCAGU